AUGGCUGCGGUGGACCCGCCAGCUGGUCUGAUGGACAUCGCCAGGUAUGCUUCCAUCAAACUAAUGCGACCACUCAACUUGACACUCACCAAAACCAGCACUUUGUCCCAGGAUGAAAUUCCCAUGAAGCUGCGAUGCGCUAUUUGCAACAUGCUGGCGGUAAAUGCCUUCCGGCUGCCUUGUUGUGACCAGUCAAUCUGCGAGUCCUGCCAAUCAGCUCUCGUCGAUACUUGUCCAGUCUGCGCACACACCCCCGUCUCGCCGGAUCUUUGCAAACCGAAUAAAGCCCUCCGCACCACUUUGAAGGCCUAUUUGCGGACCGAAGAGAAGAAACGCGAAAAGGAUCGCCUGGCCGCAGCGGCUUCGACGCCCACAAUCCCCACACCGGUGGAGAGUGAAGUCGGUCCCACAGAAACACCGGUCGAUCAGGUCGCGACCGAGCCGACGCCGGCUGAAACGCCAGAGGUGCCCGUGGCGAAGGAAACUUCGACUGAGGAACCUACCCGGGAGACCGAAGCUGCGGACACGACAGGCAGUGCAGUGGAAAAUAAUACUCUUGAGACACAGAGAUCGACAGAUGAGGCCGAUGAGUGCGCUGGUGUCCAGAUCCCAGACCAAUCGAAACCCACGGAACCGAACGCUCAGCCUAGCGAUGGCGAACCUCCUAUUCCGGAGGAGUUGACACAGGAGAUGGCCCAAGAAGCUGAACCAAUCGCGAUGAAUAUGGCCGGUGGAUUCGCUGGAAUGGGCUGGAAUGGCAAUGGCAAUUUCAACGGCAUGAACCCAUUUAUGGCGAACCCUAUGUUCAAUUUCCCAAAUCCGAUGGGUAUGCCCAUGGGGAUGGACCCAAUGACGAAUCAGGGGAUGUUCGGAGAUUAUGGGAUGAACAUGACUGGCAUGGGCAUGAACAACGGAAUGAAUUUUGAAGGGCAGGGCAUGUAUGGAUCCUUAGGUUGGGACUCCCAGCAAAACAUGUGGCAAGGCGGCCAAGAUAAAUUCAAUCCAAAUGCUUUCGCGAAUGGCUCAGGCCCUCCGUAUGGAGGAGCAUUUGGCGGAUCUAAUAUGUCUUACCCUAACGAGUUCCAGUCUGGUUACAACGGGUCAGGGUAUGGUCGCGGUGGAUUCCGGGGCCGCGGUCGAGGCCAUUAUCAAGGCCCCGGUCGAGCUGGAUACGGUGGCCCCGGACAGGGGCAUUAUGGUCAUGCUAACCACGGACUUCCUAGUCGCCCAGUCUCCAAUGCUUCAGCAGGCCCAAAUGUACCCGUUGAUGGUGAAGUUUCUCUAGGCAUUGAGAGUAAUGAUGCUGCAGACUUAGGUGCUAUGGAUAUCAAUGAUUCGGUAUCUGCAGAUCCGGCAUCAGCAGAUGAUCAACAACUACAGGGUAUUCCUACCAUUGAUAGUCUAGACCAGGCCCUCCCUACUGGACCAGGUGGCUAUCAGGGACAGAUGGGCCCCGGGUAUGGGCGAGGUGGCUACAUGCGGGCCUCCAUGCCCAAUGGCCGUGGAGGCUAUUGGGGUGGUCAUAUGUCCCAAUCUCAUAUAGAACCGAAAAAUCCCGGUGUGGAAGGAGCUCCCGCAGCCCCGCGAGCAAUGCGGCAGGGGCUGCCUAACACCAGCGUCCUGCGCCAUCGUGGCUUUCAUCAAGGACGGUCUUCCAUAUCCAACAGCAUGGCAGGGCCUACAAAGAGCAAUCCUGAUACCCCUUCCUUGGCCCGUGGGUCUUCUCGAGGGCCAUCUCGAGGGCCAUCUCAACCCCCGCAUACUGCAUCCCGCUCUCGAUCUCCAUCCCAAACCCGCGUUUCUCGAGCUCGAUCGCCUUCAGCACCGGCGGCUGACGAUGAUCGAGAGAGCCGCCGUGACCGCGAUGUAAGGCGCCUUACUGAUCAACGGAGUCGCUCGCAGUCCGGCGUAUCUUCGAGACGCUCUUCACGCACCCGUCACCGUGAUAGUGACCGAGAAAGGCGCAAUGGCCAUCGAUCGCAUCGAUCACGUCGGAAUCGCAGUCGCAGCCGUAGUCGCAGCCGAAGCAACAGCCGACCCCGUGAUGGCCGUCAGUCAGACCGUCUAACAGGAAUUGUACCAGAUUCAUCUGAUGGGCCUUCCAAAUCAUCGUCUGCCAAAAUCAACCCUCGCGAUCUCGCAAGCCGAAUUGGGAACUCCCACCGAACCAGCAGGGAUCGACCCAGCCGUCGUGAGCAGGAUCGAGAGCGGGAACGCGAACAUCCCCGAGACAGCCGCCGUGGUGAUUAUGACAAAGACCGAGCACGCGACCGCCGUGAUAGAGAUCGGGGAGACCGCACAGACCGAGACCAAGAACGUGAUCGUGAGCGAGAUCGUCGUCGAGACCGUGAGCGCGAUAGAGAGCGUGACCGAGACCGCACUGGUAGAGACCGUGAAAAGGACCGUAAGCGUGCCCGCCGUGACCGAUCCGAGUCCGCAAACGCUAGUGACCACUCUUCCCACCCCCGAUCCCGACGUGUUAAACGUGAUGCCGAUGAUCGUAAAGAACGCGAUGCAGCUCCACCCAGCGUACCAGAGCCAGAGAAGGAAAAGGAUCCCCACACCAUAGAGCGCGAGGCACGCAACCGUGAGCGCCUCCAACGCGAGCAACAACGCCGCGAACAGGCCAAAUCUGGCAACCGCCGUGACAGUCGGCAAGACCGUGCAGUGGCCGGCCGCCGCAUGAAUUACCAAUACGAAGAUGAGCUCUAG